AUGACAAGCCCCUCAGAAGUAGAACAAGAAGAGCCGGAAGAGAUGGGAGCUGAGAAAAGGAACGACGAACACGAUGCACUUCCCAAGUAUUUGAAGUGCAGUUAUCUUGAUGCUGUUAUCGGUAAAGAGAUCCAUAACUACUGGGGAAAUCGAGUUCUGGAGCAUACCAACUCCCACGGCCAAAUUCUAGCUCUUAAAGUUAGCAGUCCAAAUGGCAUUGACCGCUCUCAAGCCGACAUGAUGCACUAUGCCGCAACGCAUGGGGUAUUAGCACCCAAGGUUCGCGGAGUCUACGACAUCAUCACCAAACGACCCAUUGCAUGUGUCAUGAUUAGCGAGCGUGUUCCUGGAGUGCCUCUUGUCACCGUGUGGCAGAACAUGUCUCAAACUGAGCAGGCUUCCAUCAAAGAGCAACUUCGUACUCAGAUAAAACAAAUGCGUACUUUGGUACAGCCGUACAUAGGCCGUGUCGACAAGCAACCUACCCGCAACAUAUACAAUACCACUUUUGCUAGGCCCUGCGGUCCAUUCGAGGAUGAGGAAGCUUUUGAUAAUUGGUGUCUCGACAGACUUACCGGAGGCUCCCUUCAGCGCUGGAAAUGGAAGAGAGUGCUAGAGCGGCAACGACGCAAAUCUACCGGACGGUGUGUCCUUACGCAUGGCGAUCUAUCACCGCGUAAUAUCAUGGUUGACGGAAGUACCAUCACAGGGAUAAUCGACUGGGAGCUGAGCGGGUUUUAUCCUGAGUAUGUGGAGUACGCUUUUGCUUUAGGUAUUGGUCCUGGGAUGGAGGAGUGGUGGAAGCCUGUCUUAAAGGAGAUACUGGAGCCGUGCUCUUUAGAAAUGGUCAAGUUCACGGGACUGAUCGAGGAGAGAAUGGGUUCUUACUAG